AUGGAGAGAGAAGGCACUUCAAAUUUUCAUUUUCCUCCGGGUUUUAGGUUCCAUCCAUCUGAUGAGGAGCUCAUUAUUCAUUACUUACAAAACAAAGUGACUUCACGUCCACUCCCAGCAUUUGUAAUUGCUGAAAUAGAUCUGUAUAGAUAUAAUCCAUGGGAGCUACCCAAGAAAGCUUUGUUUGGAGAAGAUGAAUGGUAUUUCUUCAGUCCACGAGACAGAAAGUACCCAAAUGGAGAAAGACCAAACAGAGCAGCAGCUUCAGGUUAUUGGAAGGCUACCGGUACCGAUAAACCUAUACUCACUUCUUCUGGAACAAAGAACAUUGGAGUCAAGAAAGCACUUGUCUUUUACAUAGGUAGACCCCCCAAGGGAGUUAAGACAGAGUGGAUUAUGAACGAGUACAGACUGUUGGACAGGAUGAUUAAGCCCUCAAGAUUAAAAGGGUCCAUGAGAUUGGAUGAUUGGGUGCUAUGUCGGGUUCGGAAAAAAGGCAACAUGUCAAUGAACACAUUAGAAGUUAAAGACAGCUGCAGCACAGAAUUGAUGAGGUUCUCACCGGCAAAUGCGAAGAUGCAACCUACAUUUACACACUGUAGAACCGACAUGAUAACAGAUUGUCUAAACCAAGAUUGCCAAGUAUUAGCUUUGAUACUUGCUGGACAUGAUUUAUCUCCUAUCGAGACGAAUUCAACUGCCACAUUCAAAGAAGGUUCUGACAAAGUGAAUUUGCCUUUGUUAGUUCCAUCCUUGGGCACUUGUUUCACCCCACAGAAAAGAAAACUUGGUUUCGGAAAUAGGCAAGAGUAUCUCAUUCCAUCUGACAAGCCGAACAAUGACGAAACAAAUGAGGAAUUUCUGCCUAUGAAGAUGCUUCCCAAAAAGGAUUUGAACUACUGCAGCCAAAACCAAUCUCAACGCGGGAUCUACAACGUCCAUCCAACAGAUUCCAUUAUUGAAUUCCAUGAACUUAAUAGUUUGUCUUCACAUAUAUAUGCUUAAGGUAAUGAACACUUCAAAAAGGCCUUGAUUCAUCGCUGAAUUGAUGCCAUCAGGAACCUAAAUUUCAGAUUAUGUACUAAAAAAAAUGUAGAUACAGGCACAUGGAAGGGGCUCACCAUAUCGGUUGCUGGCAAUGUGUAAAUCUAUCAGCAGACUAUGUAUUAUGUGCUGUUUUGUGAUGUGAAGGUGAAUAUAUUUAGUAGUGGUAUAUUUUUGAGCUUUCUGACUUGAAACUGCAGUGAAAUUGACUAAUAUUAUUGCUACAAAUAGAAAGUGCCCCCUAGAAAGUAAAACACACUGAAAUGUAAAAAGAUACAUUUUUUGGUAUACCAAGCAAUGCUACAAAGCAAUGACAUAUUAUUGAAGGACUAAAAGAUCAAGUCCUGUUACAGUAACAUAAACAAUUUAGCAGUCAAUAAAAGAAUCUGAUUCAAAUAGUUUCCAGAGGGCAGUACAAUACAUGAAUAACAGAAUGCAUGCUAAAUCAAUACAUGAAAACCCCCGAGUGAUGAAGAAUUUUGUACCAUACACCAUUGUGAUCAAAGAAACUGUGGCAGAAGCCUCUAAAAUCAAUUCAUUGAAGUAUACUGCAACAGCGAAAGGUCUCAUUAGAAAAUUUUCUGAGUACAAAGCACAGCAAACUAAAAGAUGAUCAACAACUAAUAUAUACAAUUCUCAGUUUUAUCAGCUUCUAGAAUUAUUAAGUAGAUCUACAAUGAAGCAAG